AAAAUACACGGAGCAAAAAUUAUCGAUAGUAUCGUUCUUGUGAGUAGGACAAUCCUAACCCUAGGUUUGACAGCCGGCCUUCAAAUAAAAACAAAAUAGCGUGCGCUGCGCCAAACGCCAUUUGAAACUUCCCCAAAAAUAAAAGGCAAAAGUUAGAUCGAUAAAGUCUAGACACGCAUUAAAAUUAAUAAAACUUACUUAUUCCAAUCAAUAUGAAGAUCGAGGAAGUGAAAAGCACUGUGCGCACUCAACGCAUCGCAGCACACAGCCACGUGAAAGGUCUGGGACUGGAUGAGAAUGGCGUGCCACUGCCAAUCGCCGCUGGUCUGGUAGGGCAAAAGACUGCACGCGAAGCCGCCGGUAUUGUUUUAGAUCUUAUUAAGUCCAAGAAAAUGGCUGGUCGUGCGUUGUUGUUAGCCGGACCACCAGGUACAGGCAAGACGGCAAUAGCUCUAGCUAUUGCUCAAGAAUUGGGUAAUAAAGUACCCUUUUGUCCCAUGGUCGGCUCUGAAGUAUUCAGCAGCGAAAUCAAAAAAACUGAAGUUUUGAUGGAAAAUUUCCGACGUUCAAUUGGCUUGCGCAUACGCGAAACGAAGGAAGUGUAUGAGGGUGAAGUGACUGAAUUGACACCUGUCGAAACUGAGAAUCCAAUGGGCGGUUAUGGCAAAACUAUCAGCAACGUGGUAAUUGGUCUGAAGACGGCAAAAGGUACUAAACAGUUGAAGCUCGAUCCAAGCAUUUUCGAGUCACUGCAGAAGGAAAAAGUGGAAGUGGGUGAUGUAAUUUAUAUUGAAGCGAAUAGUGGCGCUGUAAAACGGCAGGGACGCAGCGACACUUUUGCAACUGAAUUCGACUUGGAAACUGAGGAAUAUGUACCUCUGCCGAAAGGUGAUGUACACAAGAAGAAGGAAGUAAUACAGGAUGUCACAUUACACGAUUUGGAUGUUGCAAAUGCACGCCCACAAGGCGGGCAAGACGUGCUCUCAAUGAUGGGUCAGUUGAUGAAGCCAAAGAAAACAGAAAUUACAGACAAAUUGCGUAUGGAGAUUAACAAAGUAGUAAACAAGUAUAUCGAUCAGGGUAUUGCCGAACUAGUACCAGGCGUACUCUUCAUAGACGAAAUACAUAUGCUUGACUUGGAAACAUUCACAUAUUUACAUAAAUCUCUUGAAUCACCUAUAGCGCCUAUUGUAAUCUUUGCCACGAACCGCGGACGUUGUGUCAUACGCGGCACAACUGAUAUCGUAUCUCCGCAUGGUAUACCACUAGAUUUACUUGAUCGAUUACUAAUCAUACGCACAUUGCCAUAUUCAUCCUCGGAAAUGGAACAAAUUAUAAAGCUACGUGCCCAAACGGAAGGCCUUCAGUUGGAAGGAUCAGCAUUCAGCCGUCUCAGUGACAUUGGCAGCACAUCUACUUUACGCUAUGCUGUGCAACUGCUUACGCCAGCACAUCAAAUGACCAAGGUGAAUGGACGAACACAGAUUACAAAAGAGGACAUCGACGAUGUACACUCAUUGUUUCUGGAUGCGAAACGCUCCUCCAAACACUUGUCAGAGAAGAAUAACAAAUUCAUGAUGUAAUAACAAUUAAAUGGGAGAGCGCAUGCAUUAAUUUUACUUUGUUUAUUUCCAAGAAAAUAUAAUUCCUUAAACGUAAAUACAUUUUAAAAUAUGUGAUUUAA